AUGGCGCUUUCGUACCCGCAGUUUGAUGUCGUCGGCCUGACCACCACCGCCGGCAAUGUUCCGAUAGGCCCGGCCACCAGAAAUGCCCUGGCCAUCCUUGAAAGCGUCAGGCGGACUGACAUUCCGGUCGCCCGCGGGGCAACUCGACCGGUGCGCGGCCGGUAUGCCUACGCCCGCGAAGUUCACUCCGCAGAGGGGUUGACCCAUCCGCUGCCCCGUCCGACAACGCGCACUUCCGGUACUGGCGCCGUGCAAUUCCUGGCCGAUAUCCUGCAGGCCAACCCGGGCGCGGUCACCGUCAUCGCUCUCGGUCCCCUGACCAACCUGGCGCGACUGCACCGGAAGCGCCGAACGGUAUUGAGGUUGGCGAAACGCGUGCUCGUCAUGGGCGGCGCCGUGGGGACUCCGGGCAAUAUCACGCCGCACGCGGAGUUCAAUUUCUACAGUGAUCCCACGGCCGCCCGCUUGGUCCUCGAAUCGGGGGUACCAAUCACGUUGAUUGACAUGGCGCCGUGCCGGCAGGUCUUUUUGACUCGCGGCGACGUGCUGGGAGCGCGGGCCGCCUCCGCGGCCGGCUGGCUGGCCGAACGGUUGCUCGACGGGUGGUUCAAUCACGGCCCCGCGCGCGAACGGUUCUACAUGUACGAUCCUUUGACGAUGGUCGCGGCGGCGGACCCGAACGCCAUCAGGUUUCGAUCAGUUACGAUGACGGUUGACGAUUCUGAGACCACCGGCGACGAAGAACUCUGGGGUCGCUGCCGGGUGCUGAACGAUGCCGGGGGCCCGAUCAGCAUUGCGAAACCCGAUGGCGUCGACGUUGCGGCGUCGCUGCGACUGAUCCGCGAAUUGCUAGCGUGGCCGCAGCAAGAGGCGAACUGA